ACCCCCUUGUAAAUCCGAUACCAAACAGCCCCUUAAGCUUCUCUGCCUCCGACGACGACGUUGCUGUGUCUUGUGUGAAAUAGAGUUUUGAAACUGUCGCUUUGAGCUUCUACGCCUCCUCUGACGACGUUGCUAUCCUGCUUCGCGUGAAGCUUCUCCGUCUUCGACGACGAUAUUGGUUCUGUCGGAUCGGAAGUCGCGACGGGAGCUCGCCGUGAAGGGCAAAAAUGUCGAAAAUGUUCUCAAGUCGAGCUUAGACUUACCGUGAGAUUUGCCAUUGCGUUUUUUGGCGUUUGGUAGGAUUUAACUCCCCCAGCUAUCUGGCCUCUCCAGUCAUGAGCAACUUUGGUGAUCUGGAGCCUUGAACAGCUCUAACAAUGUCGGGCAUUUAAACCUCUAUAUUCCUUUCUCUCUUGUUGGUACUUCUAUUCUUUUAACCAAGUUGUCAAAAAAAUCGCUGAACAACGUGGACAAUUGGAUGACCAACAUGGACAUGAACAGCUGGAUGACGUUCAUUUACAACUUGAUGAACUUUGCUUCCAUUUACAACCUGAUGAUGACAGUUUGUUAAAAAUCGUGCAGAAUAGUACUGGACUUAAGAGAGUUCAUUCACAACUAAUCCUAGUCCAGCUUUCCAUGGCCAGUUUCAUCCAUAACUUAAGAGGCAGCUUCCCUACAACUGGGAGGGCCUAGUGAAAAAUGGGAUCUUGUUACAUUUUUGCCCAAAGUCUAAAGAGAAGAUUAGAUAAUCUUCUUUCCUUAAAUCCAACCACUUCAUGUUACUCAUCCCUCAGGGCCUCUCCUACCAACCUAAAGGACUGCAAUUUCUUCAACCUAUAUGAAUAUCAUUUGGCUAUUAGAAAUUUUAGCUGUGAUUCUCUAAUGUCCUCCGUAUUUGCAGAAAAUAGAAAUAUACAGAAGCAUAUACGACCUUUCAGAAUUGCCAGUAAUCUUGGAGGAGGUCGCCUCAUGGGCUAUUGCAAUCUUCAUACAACCCACCAGCUUGGGACAACGGGACAAAAUGUAGUGGAGAAUGACAGUAUGAUAAGUGCAGUACCAGAUGCUGCUAAUGAUGUACCAAAAUACAAAAGAAAGAAGCUAAAAGGAAAAAGAGCUGUCGUGAGGUGGCUAAAGUUCUUCAGGUGGAAGAAGAAAAAGGAGUAUGAAAGAAUGACAUCAGAGGAGAAGAUUUUAUUCAAAUUGAGGAAGGCUCGAAAAAAGGAAGGACAUCUUGUUGAAGCAUUACAAAAAAUUGAACCUAAAGACUCGUCGGUCACUAUGCACGAUCCUGAGGUACUUACACCAGAAGAGCAUUUCUACUUGGUUAAGUUGGGCCAAAAAUGCAAGAAUUAUGUCCCAGUUGGAAGACGGGGGAUUUUCCAAGGAGUUAUUCUUAAUAUGCAUUUGCAUUGGAAGAAACAUCAGACCUUGAAGGUUAUAGUGAAGACUUUCACUCCAGAGGAGGUCCGAGAAAUUGCAGCUGAGCUAGCUAGAUUAAGUGGCGGAAUUGUACUUGAGAUCAGUGAGGAUAAUACAAUAAUAAUGUAUAGAGGAAAGAACUAUUCACAGCCUCCAACAGAAAUAAUGUCACCAAAGAUUACUCUGACGAGGAAGAAGGCCCUGGAUAAGUCUAAGUACAGAGAUGCUCUUCAUGCUGUUAGAAGGUAUAUUCCCAAGCUUGAACAAGAUCUUGACGAUGUCCAUAUAGGGAUGAAGCGUGACAAGGAAUAUAAACCCAAAUUAACAAACCGAGAAGAAAAUUCAGUUGCAGACAUCAAGAGGAAAUUCUCUGAGCUUGGAGAAGGAAGCAAAGAAGAUCGAAUCAGUAUAGAAAGUGAAUUAGGAAGCAUUACUUCUGAUGAGGAGGAUGAAUCCUCAAUGGAGUCCAGCGCCAUUUCAGAAUCUGAAAAUCUUUCUGAUAUUUUCGAGACAGAUUCUGAUGCGGGAGCGGAGGAGAAAGAAAAUUCACGCCCACGCCAUCUGUAUUUAGAUGGAAUUGAUAGGUUUCCUUCAGAAGACGAUGGAAGUACUGAAGAUUUUCAGGAGCAUCUACGUCGGAUCUCUGCUGCUGCUAAGAGAGGUGGCUUUGAACAGAAGGAUCUGAACAUAGCAGAAUUAGAUGAGAUUGACAAGAUUUUCUUGCGUGCGGACGCAUUAUUGAAGAAAAAGAGAUGAUUCAAUCCCUGUUUUGUAUAUUUACUUGUUGAUUUACGGGCUUCUUCAGUAACAAACAGAAGUAAUGCACUUCAGUAACAAACAGAGAGACAGAUGGAGCUACUCUCUGUGUCAUCAGCCUGCCUUCACCCAAGAUUGCUUAAAGGUGAUGAUUUGAUUAUAUUAGAAAGAUUAAUUAUCUUUUAAUUAGGUUAUUUUCAUUUGAAGAACACUCAAUAAUUUGUAUUAGAAGAAUUGAAGACCUAAAUUAUUUCAUCAUUCCACUUUUA